AUGCCGCUGCCGUGCCGGGGCUGGACGCUGGCGCUGCUCACGCUGCUCGUCGGUUUCCUCAUCUUCGCCGAUAUCUCGGAGAUCGAGGAGGAGAGCGGGAGUUCUGGAGGCAGAGGUACAAUCAGAUCAGCUGUGAACAGCUUACAUAGCAAAUCUAAUAGAGCUGAAGUAGUAAUAAAUGAUUCCUCAUCUCCAGCUGUUGUUGACAGAAGUAAUGAAAGCAUUAAGCACAACAUUAAACCAGCCUCAUCCAAAUGGAGACACAACCAGACACUCUCUUUGAAGAUCAGGAAACAGAUCUUGAAGUUCCUGGAUGCAGAGAAGGACAUUUCAGUGCUGAAGGGGACGCUGAAGCCGGGGGACAUCAUCCACUAUGUCUUUGACAGGGACAGCACCAUGAACGUCUCGCAGAACCUGUACGAGCUGCUGCCCCGCACCUCUCCCCUCAAGGGCAAGCAGUUCCCCACCUGUGCCAUCGUGGGAAACUCAGGGGUGCUGCUCAGCAGUGGCUGCGGCCCCGAAAUCGAUGCUCACAGCUUUGUCAUAAGGUGCAACCUGGCCCCUGUGCAGGAGUACUCCCAGGACGUGGGCAUGAAGACUGACCUGGUGACAAUGAACCCCUCGGUGAUCCAGCGCGCCUUCGAGGACCUGGUGAACGAGACCUGGAGGGAGAAGCUGCUGCAGCGCCUGCACAGCCUCAAUGGGAGCAUCCUCUGGAUCCCAGCCUUCAUGGCCAAGGGGGGCAAGGAGCGAGUGGAGUGGGUGAACGAGCUCAUCCUGAAGCACCACAUCAACGUCAGGACUGCCUACCCCUCGCUGCGCCUGCUGCACGCUGUGCGAGGGUACUGGCUGACCAACAAGGUGCACAUCAAGCGACCCACCACCGGCCUCCUCAUGUACACCCUGGCCACCCGCUUCUGCAACCAGAUCUAUCUCUAUGGCUUCUGGCCCUUUCCCCUGGACCAGAACCAGAACCCAGUCAAGUACCACUACUACGACAGCCUGAAGUACGGCUACACCUCGCAGGCCAGCCCGCACACUAUGCCCUUGGAGUUCAAAGCCUUAAAGAUGCUGCACCAGCAGGGAGCCUUGAAGCUGACUGUGGGGGAGUGCGAUGGGGCCACGUAG